GUACUUUAUCGACCAAUUGGACUUCACACCGAAACAUCUCCCCGGCCUCUCCAAUUAAGCAGCAGAUGCACUCUUGCGAAGACCUGAUCUUUGCACGAUGACACAUCAUGCCUUCGGAUUCGACGAGGAACUCCAGCAACACUUCAUCCGGGGCUAUGAGUCUGAUCCGGAUUUUGCCACGUUGUAUGCGCAACUAUCUUCGGAUCACCCGCUGGCCAGCCACUAUCGCAUUGCCGACGGGUACUUGCUCCUCCACUCGAGAGGCAAGGACUUACUAUGUGUCCCACGAGACCGUCGCCUUCGGACUCGCCUUCUCGGCGAGUAUCAUGAUUCGCGACUCACCGGCCAUUUCGGAGUCAACCGCACCACUGCACGGCUUCGACAACGAAUCCGAUGGCCUGACCUCAUUACCGAUGUCACUCGGUAUUGCGACUCUUGCGAAGUUUGCCGACGAAGCAAGCCCCGCAAUCGCAAUCCCUACGGCGAGUUGCGCCCGAUGCCUAUCCCAUGGGAACGCGGGGAACCCGGGCUCUCCAUUGCCAUGGAUGUCACCGGACCAUUUCCCCGUGAUCGCCUCGGGCACGACAACAUCCUCACGGUUGUGGACCAUUUGAGUAAGUACGCACGUUUUCUUCCUUGCAAGUACUACUCCACGGCUCCCGAGCUGGCACGCGUCUUGCACACCGGCUGGAUUUGCGGCCACGGUGUACUGGAAGACAUAGUGAGCGACCGCGACACUCGCUUCAUGUCGGCAUUUUGGACUGCUCUCAUGCAGGAGUCCGGCACGAAGAUGAAACCAAGUUCGGCUCGGCAUCCACAGACGGACGGCCAGACGGAGCGGGCACAUCAAACCGCUCAAAUGAUGCUUCGUACGCUCAUCCGUCCGGACCAGAAAGAUUGGGUUGACCGCCUUCUCGACAUCGAGUUCGCCUACAACACUUCGGUGCACCCGGCGAUCGGUGUGACUCCAUUCGAGUUGCACCACGGUGGACGGAAAGGCCGUAUCUUCGCCGACCUUCUCCUCCCACGACCUGCCGACAUCGACGCCGGUUGCUCUCCCGCUUCCGUCCGGAAGUACAGGGAAUUGCUGGCUCAAGCCCGCGCGAACAUGCAAAAGGCUCAAGUCCGCAUGCAGCAGCAAGCCAACAGGCGUCGCGUGCCAUGUCCCAUCCGCGCCGGUGAUCUGGUUUGGGUCUCCGCGGAAGAGUUUGCACUGGACCAGGAUGUUUCACGCAAACUGCUUUCCAAGUGGUUUGGACCAUGGCCCGUAACAUCAGCCGCGGGUGAUGAGCCCGAUGGCCCUUCAUUUGUGAUCAACAUCCCCCCGCAUCUGAUGGUCCAUCCAGUCUUUCACGCCUCGAAGCUGGCUACAUACACACCAGCUAAGAGCGGCGACUUCCCGGACCGACGAUCGCAGGACCCUCCUUCUAUGGAUGGUCAUCAGGAAGUUGACCGCGUCAUCACGGAUCACAAGUACGGCAGCAAGCCUCGACAGUACAAAGUUACAUUCAAAGCAUGCGAUCCUGACGACACUCGGUGGAUUUCAGGAACAGAUUUGAAAGCAUCCGCACCGCUGAUCUACGCUCACUACGAGCGACAAAGGUUAGCUCAGGGACCUUCACGACCUGCCCCUCCCACCCGGACUGUGGUCCCUCCCUCAGACAGACUUCGCCCUCGCAGUUCUAUCUGUUCCAAUAAGAUCAGGGCGGCUCCUCUAGCAGUUCUGACAGACCAACACGUGGUGUUGCAUGACAUUUCAUGCGAGAGUGAAGCUGAAGAUAGGGCAAGCUGUUUCAGCAAUUUUCGGGGAUUGCCAGUGGAUCGUCACUUGGGGCAUACUUGUAGCAGUUCUAUUCACUACGGUGAAGGAACGCGACUGUAAAUGUGGUUCAAUACAUUCAGAAUAGUUAAUUUUGUGUCGGUGCAUCAACGGAAGAAGGGUGUUACAAAGACUAUUGGGGCUAGGUUAAGGCAGAAGCCCCAGCCACCCAACCAAAGAGGCAGAAGAUGUCAGUAGCCAAUGUACCUAAUGACCAUGAACGUCAGGAUUCUAGCCAUGGUGAUAACAGGGGUAUGCUGAUUGCAAGUGGUAUCGGCGCUGCCAUCGGUGCG